UGACGAGGCGGGAGCAAAUUGAAAACUUUGACAUUAUUUUUAUUAUAAAGAAAGGUGUAUAUAUCACUGAACAUACAAGAAUUAAAUUUAUCUGGUAAAAAAUAAUGUACUAGACCUACAGGCAACGUCAUCGUUGCUAUAUAAGCGUCAUUUUUUGUUUUUAAUUAAACCGUUGCAGGGAUAGGUCACAGUAUCUAUUCUGUGGAUAGGUACCAUGCGGCCAUGAUGCCUGUAGCCUGUACUGUAGCACAGAAUAGGUGUCACCUGUAGCUGUAGCUCAUGCUUGAAAAGAAAGUUGAAGUGCUCGGAAUUGUUUCAGAAAUUAAAAAUUGUUAUCAUACUCAAUUUAAGAUUCAAUUUAACAUUUUUUAUUCAGGUCUAUUAUUGUUCAGUGUAGACAAACUGAUAGAUAGUUAACUACAUUAUUUUUAGUGAAACUCUAACUUGGAAACAAAUAUAGCCAGAUAGGUUAGGUGUUUAGUUUUAGGUACUUAGGUGUUUAGGUUUUAAGUCUACAAUGAUUUUCUAUCUAGCUGAAAUAGCAAGGUAUUUUAAAAAUAAACAUAACACAGUAGAUAGAGGUGAAGUUGCUGUGAAUUCUAAUCAUGUUUUAAGCAUUGACUAUGAUGUUGCUAACAAGCGGUUGAAAGGGGUGGUGCAAGCCAGUAUCCCCAACAAAACAUAUAAUGUAAUGAUUGAUUAUGAUGCUGAAAUGAUGGUGCAGAAUGCGGAGUGCUCAUGCACCAGAGAGAGGUUCAAAUGCCACCACAUCGCCGCUUUAAUGAUCUACGCAUUUAAACAUAUGUCUGCAACUGCCACAAGUGGGCAUGCAGAAAGCAGCACUACUGAGGAAGACACACUCAUUAGAGUCGAGGAUAUUUUCCCAAAAAUUGAAUUCCAGCCAUUUGACGAGCCACUCAGUGAUGAGGCCAUAAAAGAGUUUAAGGAAAAUCUCGAGAAGAGUGGCAUGAACAUCGGGUUCACAUGGUUGUUAUCCGAUGAACCGGAACCGGAUACUGGAACGGACUAGAAUUGAGUUCAACUUCUCAUCCACUGGUUGGGUAAUGAUUUAUAAUCUAAUCAGUAAACAUCAGUACCACAUACAACUGUGGGCUGAAAGUUGAAUUUCAUUCAUUAACUUACUGUAAUUGUCUUGAAUAAAUAAUUCAAUCUCUACCGUCA